AUGAGCACGCUCCGCGCCGCGCCGGCGAGGCGGCAGCGGUUUAGGAGUAUCAAGGCCGACAAGCUCGGCCUGACGACACCCGAAAAGGUCGACGAGUUCGCCAAGGAUGCGUUUCCCGAAUACGACGAGGUAGGGCUGGAAGGCCUGAAGCAGGUAUACAGGUACACGCCGGAGCAGAUGGAGGCGGUCAAGGCGGGCGAGGCCGCGGUGAACCCGCGGGACUUGGUGCUGCAGGGCCGCGUGCGGGACGACAAGUAUCGGGUGCCGUACCUGGAAGACUUCUCCAAGGUGCAGCCCGUCAUCGACCUCAAGGCCGAGAGGAAGCUCGACGCCAAGAACUACCAGUGGCUCUCGGAGCAGGACUUCAUGGACAAGCUCUUUGAGAAGAUGAUGGACAAGUCGACGGAGAACAUGCAGGAGGCGGCGGCCAAGGCCUUCAAGCGGUCCAUGGAGCGGGUCAAGUCGGCGCAAGGCACCGAGAUCGAUCUGACGACGCAGGAGCUCGAGGACAUGGAGACGUGGCCGGAGCUGCAGAAGAAGUAUGUGCUCAACGAGGAGGAGCCCGGCGCGGAAAAGGCGGCCAAGAAGGCCGAGGCGUCGGCGGCGGCGGUGGACCACGGUACCAUGUCGGCGGAGGAGGCUAAGAAGCUGCUCGAGGAGCUGGUGGAGGACUUUUCGCGAAGCCUCGACGUGAAGAAGGGCAACACGGCCUCGAGCGAAAUCUUUGACGAGGACGACCGGCUCAACAUCACGACCUCGGGUAACGCGCCCCCGCUCGGCAAGGUACCCGGCGUCGAGGGCCUCUACAAGCACGCGGCGGAUCCCGAGGACGAGGGCCUCGACGACGAGGGCACCUACCAGUACCUCAAGCAGGUCACGGGCAUGUCGGUCCGCGACAUCCUCUCCCUCUUCACCAAAACGCUCGUCACCCGCUUCGUCACCAACCAGACCCGUCUCGGCAAGGUCCGCAGCUCCUCCGUCAUGGUCAUUGCCGGUAACGGCAACGGUCGUCUCGGCGUCGGCGUGGCCAAGUCUGCCGAUUUCGGUACCGCUGCCAUGGCGGCCCGCAUGUUGGCCAUUCGCAACAUGAAGCCUAUCCGCCGAUACGAGAACCGUACCAUUUACGGCAACGUCAAGCAAAAGGUUUCGGGCACCGUCGUCGAGCUCCGCGCCCGUCCUCCCGGUUUCGGUCUCCGCGUUCCCUUCCGCCUCUUUGAAAUGUGCCGCGCUGCCGGUAUCCAUGAUAUCUCGGCCGUCAUUCCCCGGUCGAGGAGCCCGAUGAACACGGUCAAGGCGACGUUCCUGGCCCUCACGAACCAGCCCGACCCCGAGGAGAUUGCUAAGGGCAGGGGCAAGAAGCUUGUGGACGUGAGGAAGGUGUACUAUGGCGGUUCUGUAUACUAA